AUGUCUACGUCGUUACAGCAGACUUCUUCCAACGGGCAUUCCGCCGGAGGCGUGGAAGAAUUUGACGUUGUCGUCAUUGGCGCCGGAGUGACGGGGUUGUACUCCCUGCACCGGCUGCGCGAGUUGGGCUUUUCCGUAAGGUCAUUGGAAGAAGGCGAUGGCGUGGGCGGCACCUGGUACUGGAACCGCUAUCCCGGCGCCCGCUUCGACUCCGAAAGCUACACCUACGGGUAUUCCUUCUCCGAGGAACUUCUCCAGGAAUGGGAGUGGAAGGAGCAUUACUCCAGCCAGCCCGAGAACGAGCGCUACCUCAACCACGUAGCCGACAAGUUCGACCUCCGCCCCAACAUCCGGUUCAACUCGCGGGUCGCGUCGCUUGUCUACGACGAAACCGCCACUCGCUGGCAGGUGACCACCGACGACGGUUAUCAGGCCCGGGCGCAGUUCGUCAUCACCGCCAUCGGCAUCCUUUCGGCGCGAUACGUCCCCGAGUUUGAAGGCUUGGACAGCUACGAAGGCUCGUGGUGCCACACCAACCGCUGGCCCAAGGAAGGCAUGGACCUGGCCGGCAAGCGCGUCGGCGUGAUCGGGACCGGCGCUACCGCCGUCCAGUUGAUCCCCGAGAUCGUGGGCGAGGUUGCCCAUCUCACCGUCUUCCAGCGCACCGCAAACUACUGCGUACCCCUGCGCAACUCGCUCAUCGACCGCGAGACCCAGGACUACAUCAAGUCCCACUAUGCCGAAAUCAUUGAGCAGUGCCUAUCGACCCCCGGUUCCUUCAUGCACGAGUUCGACACCCGUUCCGCCCUGGCGGUUUCGGAAGAGGAGAAACUGGAGCAGUACGAAAGGCUCUGGGCGGAACCCGGUUUCAAGAAGUGGCUGUCCAACUUCUACGACAUCAUGAUGCCCGGGGAGGCGAACGAAGACUAUGCCGAGUUCGUUCGCAACAAGAUCCGCGAGCGCGUGCACGACCCGGAGGUUGCUGAGAAGCUGGUGCCGAAGAACCACAUGUUCGGUUCCAAGCGACUGCCCUGCGAAAGCGGUUACUACGAGGUUUACAACCGCGACGACGUCCUGCUGGUCGAUGUCCGAGAAGACCCCAUCGCGCGCCUGACCCCCCGCGGGAUCCAACUGGAGAGCGGCAGCGAGUACGAGCUCGACGUCAUCAUCUUCGCCACCGGCUACGACGCCGUUACCGGCCCGCUCAACCUGAUUCACAUCCAGGGUAUCGGCGGCGAGGUCCUCAAGGAAAAGUUCGCCAACGGCCCCCGCACCUACAUGGGCAUGUCCAGCUACGGCUUCCCCAACCUUUUCACCAUCAACGCCGCCUCCGUGGGCAACUUUCCCCGUUCCGCCGAGCCGCUGGUCGAGUGGGUCACCGACGCCAUCGCCCACGUGCGUGACAGCGGCCAUAACCGGAUCACAGCCACUCCCGAAGCCGAGGAGGCCUGGGUGCAGCACAUGAAGGAUGACAGCGAGAACAUCCUGCGGACCCAGGCCGACUCCUGGUUCGUCGGGGCAAACAUUCCAGGCAAGGCCCGCGUCCUGCUCACCGCGCCGGAUACCGCGCCCGUCAUGCGCGCCAAGCGCGCUGAGGUCGUCGCCAACGGCUACGAGGGUUUCUCCCUGGACUAG